AUGUCUGAACCAGAGCCCCGCCGAUCAGUUAGGGCCACCAAAGGCCAGCACAAGGCACUGGAGCAGCUCGACCAGGCCGUCGACACCCCGAAGCGGCGCGGAAAGAAGGGCAAAAAGGCGGCGCCGGAGCCCGAGGAGCCCGAAGAAGAAGUCAUCCGAUGUGUCUGCGGGGCGACAGAGCAAGAUGAAGACUCGGGCGAGCCCUGGAUCGCGUGCGACCAGUGCGGCGCAUGGCAGCACAACAUCUGUAUGGGCAUGAGCCAGUAUUCCGAGGACCUUCCUAAAGAUUACUUCUGCGAGAUAUGCCGCCCCGAGAGCCACAAGGAGCUCCUCGCCGGCAUGGCCAGAGGCGAGAGGCCCUGGGAAGCCAGGCGCAGGGCGUAUGAGGAGGAGAAGACAGAGAAGAAGAAAAAAGGCCCCAAGAAAGGUGCUAACAAGAAGAGGACCAGCGAAUCCAAAGAGGAUUCUACUCCCGCGCCCCAGAAGUUAAAGCAGUCUCCCGCACCGCCUACGAAACCAAAACAGUCCCCAGCACCCCCACCUACCAAAGCAAAACCGUCGGCUGCCCCCCCAGCAGAGCCAAAGAAGGACAAGGAGAACAAGAGCACCGCGGGCCAAAAGCGGAAAACUUUGGAUGGAUCACAAGACAAGGAGGCUAAGAAAAUGCGAAAAAUCUCCGAAACCCAAGCACUACCCAUCCAGUCAUACACAGCACCUGAUGACAUCCCUGCCAAGAUUACAGAGCUGCCAGAGGCCCGCCAGGGUUCUGCCGUUGCGUUGUCGAAGGCGCUUAACCACGCUCUUGAGGUGGUAGAGAAAAGGGGCACCUUUGUCCCAACCGACGGCAUCUCCAUUGCAGACCGCGCAGAGCGCUUUGCACUCGAAAUCGAGCGCGCUGUUCACGAUACCCACGGAAGCCUGAGCGCGUAUGCUGGCCAGCUCCGUACAUUGUCGUUUAACCUUAAGACGAACUUCGACCUUUGUACUAGACUGCUUAACCGCACUCUUAGCCCCCUUGUGCUAUCCACAAUGACUUCAGAGAGCCUAGCGACCAAGGAACUGCAGAAGGAAACUGCCGAACUCAAAGCCCUCGUAGAGAAGCAAGCCAUCAAACUCCCUGAUGACGGUCCGCGGAUCCGGAAAACACAUAAGGGCGAAGAACUCAUCGGCGGUGACGACUUCACUGCCAGCGACGAUGCUUAUGGGCAGGCCGCACCCUCGAAGAAGGUACAAAAGGAACAACGACCAGGCUCUUCAGCUCAGCCUGGACACGUCAGACCGCCCGCCCACAGUAUAGCUACCGACACCAAUCAGUCUCCGAACAGAGCAGAUUUCGACAUCAACAAGGUGUUUUCCAGCGUCAAGUCGCCAACGCUCCCUCAAAAUCAAGUGAGGCAGCCUGUACAGACGGCUCCUGCAACAGGACCCGGAGUCGACCUAGAUGUCGACCGUCUGCUUGACGAUGGCAGCCAGUCCCCUCCUUACUCCCCGAGCGCCGAAAGCGAUCCGGAUGUAGUUUGGAGAGGCGGCCUGUUGAUGAACAGCAUUGCGGAAUUCCAGGUCACGGGCAAGCACAUCGGCGGAGUCAAGCUGAAUGAGACUAUCAACCUCCCGUGGAGCAAGCUCAUCCCGCAAAAUCUGACAGUCUGCGGUCGAAUCGAACCGCAGCAAGCCAUCGUCUAUCUCUGUGGGCUGAGAUAUAGUGUCCUUGCUGAUAUAGUCGUGAUCAGCUUGGAGCCAACGUUUGAGUCGUCCAGGCCCGAUAUGUUGAAGCUUAUUGACUACUUCGUGACCAAGGGUCGGUACGGUGUGGUUGGGGAUAAAGGAGUUGCGAACGUUCGUGAUACCUAUCUGGUACCCGUCAUGCCCGGCACUGCCAACUACCCGGAGUUCAUGCUGAACUUGUCAGACAAUUUGAUCCCCGAGACCAGGACUGAGCCAUUGUUGCUAGCUGUCUUCGUCUACCGCAACGACCCCGAGACUGUUCAGCGUCUUGCCAACGAUCCUAAUCACCCAAUCAGAGCACAGCAACUACGGGCACAAUCAAUAUCUGACUUUUCGCAGUCUCCAUCCACACCCACCCCCGCUCAAGGGUUUGUAAAGUCGGUUUCGGGAACACUACCUAGCUACCCUCCUUCGCGAAACACACCUCAAGUUGCGCCCCCUGUGCAGCAACCCCAUGUUAAUCAGGGCUCAAGGACAUCGCAAGACCCGGCUCAGAUUCAGGGCCUAGCCACUGCACGCGAGAUCAUGGGUAGCCUUAUGACUAGCCCGACUAUGGCCUUUUUGAUACCACAGGCGCACCAGAUGACUCGGAGGGAGUGGGAGCUUAUCAAAAUCCUAUACGAGACUGAUCCGAAAACACGUGAUGACCUCCCGUACCUCAGCCACGCGCUCGAGAGGCAGGGCAAGGCCAAGUCAACAUCAGGACCGCCUGCACAACAUCCCGUGACCCAAAAGUCGCCACAGGUUCAGCAACCGCGGCAGGCUCAGCAACCACGGCAAGUCCAGCAACCGCGACAGGCUCCGCCGCCGCGGCAGAUCCAACAGCCGUUUCAGGCCCGGCCGGAGCCUCAAGCCCAACAGCCGCAGAGUAUUCAGCAGCAGCUGCAGCAGCAGCAGAAGAUCCAGCAAUCGCCACAGGCCCAGCAGCUUCAACUGACUCAGCAGCCCCAACAAGCUCAACAUGCGGCCGCCGUAUCUACCUCACCCACAGCCACGAAACCAUCAUACCGGCACACUCCGGUUCCUCCUCCCCCUAUUCUGCAGCAGGCUGUCCCCCCUCGGCCCGUUCCGUCGCGUCAGACACCUAUUCCUCCUCCACCUAUUCCACCUCCAGCCUCAACCCCGGUGCCUCCUUCGUAG